AUGCCUCUUAAUAUUGAUCUAAACACUCCAUAUAUUGAUCAUGAUCUGGAGUUUAAGUCUAUGCAUAAUAUCGUCCACAUAGAUGAAAAAUGGUUCUACAUGACCAAAAAAUCAGCUAACUGCUACCUUCUUGAAAAUGAGGAUGAACCAUAUCGCACAUGCAAAAAUAAAAAUUUUAUUGGAAAAGUCAUGUUUUUAGUAGCAGUCGCUAGGCCUAGAUUUGAUGACGGUGAUAAGGAGAUAUUUUCGGGAAAAAUUGGCGUCUUUCCUCUUGUUCAAAAAGUUGCAGCAAAAAGGUCAAGUAUCAAUAGAGCUUCGGGUACACUUGAAACUAAACCGAUUACUUCUAUCACUAAAGAAGUUAGUCGAAAUUUUCUAAUCAAUAAAGUGUUACCUGCAAUUAAAGAAAAAUGGCCGAGAGAACAUGCAAUGGAAACAAUUUAUAUACAACAAGAUAAUGCUCCGUGUCAUGUUUCUAUUGACGAUGAAGAAUUUCGUAAAGCAGCUUCUGAAGGAGGAUUUGACAUCCGUUUAUCUUGUCAACCACCGAAUUCUCCUGAUUUAAAUGUUUUAGAUCUGGGUUUUUUCAAUGCCAUUCAAUCAUUACAACAAAAGGAAGUUUCAAAAUCAGUUGAUGAACUCAUUGAAGUUGUGCAAAACUCAUAUGAUAAUUUUUCUAGCAAACAAUCUGACAAAAUUUUUCUCACACUUCAAUCUUGUAUGAUUGAAAUCAUGAAAAUUAAAGGAUCUAAUAAUUACCGAAUUCCCCAUAUGAAGAAAGAAGUGUUGCUUAAUCGAGGCAUACUACCUACGCAACUAAAAUGUGACCGAGAGUUAGUUGAAAAUACUUUUCAAUAUUUAAACAAUGAUAAUUAA